CUUCGGCGUCAACAAAAUCGUCACCCUUGCCUCCCUUCACCGCAGCAUUCUUCGGAAGCUCCUCCCCAACAAUGGAAUCUUCUUCUUCAUCUACGACAUCGUUGUCCGCACCUGCGUCGCCGUUGUUCUCGUCCUCUGUAACGGACUUGCCGCCAUCAGCUCUUCUAGUCCGUUUGGUCUUAUUGUCCUGCGGCACCGGACUCGAUGCCCCCGCCUUCCUUUUCGCCUGAGCCA